AUGUCAACAUCAAAAGGCGUACCCGCGUUGGACGAAACAAUGGAAGGAAUCCCAAUAAAAGAUCCUGCUUACUUCACUAGUGAACGUGAUUGGUCUUUAAUGAGUUUUCUAUACUACCGCCAUAAAUGUAAUGAUUUUCUGCCCAGCAAGGCGCAGGAACAUGAUCGAUAUGCCUGUAACUUAAUGGACAUAAUAGGCUAUGAAGAAGCUCCCACAUCUAUAGUGAAACGGGCCGGCAAGUGGAUGGGUCUGAAGGGUAAUAGCCCUUUGGAUGGGGUUACGGCCUGCAUUCAAUCACCCACACUACCUGUUUACGGAUGGGAAGUGCAUGAGUUACGGCUUGUGGUGGUUCUGUCCUGUGUGAAUGGUUUUCUAUCUGGUUGGAAGUGGACAGGUCUGAAGGGUGAUAGCCCUUUGGAUGGGGUUACGGCCUGCAUUCAAUCACCCACACUACCUGUUUACGGAUGGGAAGUGCAUGAGUUAUGGCUUGUGGUGGUUCUGUCCUUGCAACUGGAGUUGCAUUGA